UGUUCAAAGUUAGACACUGUUCUGAAUGGACGCUACACCUGCACAAAUGACACUGCUCCAGGCAGUGUUUGCACUUUUGAAUGCCAUGAAGGAUUCAUGAUUUCUGGAACCGGAAAUGAAGUUUAUGCAACCUGUGGAUAUUUUCCACAAACGAGAGAGUUUCCUAUUUGGAAAAACGUUCAGCAGUGCAAGCGGAUCGAAUGUGGUAUUCCGGCUGUCCCUGAAAAGGCAAUGUUGACUUGUACGAAUAAUGAGAAAACUUACCAAACGGUCUGUAAUAUCGAUUGUUAUCACGGAUAUUCAGCAAGUGGGCCAACGAACAUUAUUUGUCAAGCUAAUGGAUACUGGUCGAAGGCCGCUGUUUGUAUCGGACAUAUACCCGAGAUAAGAGAAUGCUCGCCUUCUUUAUGUAAUGGCCACACAUGUUUACUGAACGACAACGGCACUUUUUCCUGCGAUUGUUCUUUCGGAUGGACCGGGCCCUAUUGCGAGGAUUCACCAGAUAUGUGUGUAGAGAAUAUUUGUAUGAAUGGAGCCGAAUGCAAUAGUCUUAAUAAAAGUUACACUUGCAUCUGUCAGUCAGGAUAUUCUGGCUCCCUAUGCCAAGUGUCCCCAGCUGAUGGAAAUUGGUCAGAUUGGUCAAUAUGGUCGAAAUGCUCUGUUUCAUGUGGUUCUGGUGUACGUUUGCGACAAAGAUCAUGUGACAAUCCACCGCCGGACGAACAUGGCAAAGUCUGCCAAGGAUCAAAUACUGAAAAUUCUGACUGCGAAAACGACAGAUGCGAAGAGUGUCCCACUCUCAAUAUAAAUGAAUCAUUAACGUUUCAUGAAUGUACGACUGACACUGAUACGGGGCUUAAAACAUGUGAAAUUUCCUGCAAAAAUGGAACAAUACAGCUAGACGGAUUUCGGACACUAAGAUGUGGUCAUGGAACAAAUUAUUACUGGGCACCAGCAAAUGUGCCAGUUCUAUGUCUGGUUCCAAAGAUACCAGAAGUAUAUGAGCUUGAAAGUGAAAUAAUGUAUAGCUCAAGCAUACCCAUAGAACAACAGCCUGAAGUUGAAGACCAUGUCAGGAAAAAUAUCAAUGACACGAGUUGCAUUCAGUCAGGUUAUUGUAACACGACCAUGACUUUUAUACCGAACCAAGUUAGUGAUUACACAGAAACAAAGUUGAUUUUAACCUUCCUCAGAUACCUCGACUACAUUGUGAACAGUAGUGGAAUCAUGGAUCAAUUUGUCCUCGAUGAAUUACAGAAGGCGAUUUCAGAUCUUGAAUCAACAGCUGAAUAUCUAAUGAAUUACACCGAAAAUGUCUUCAAUGUUAAUACUAACGAUGGCCUCAUACAAGCAGACGAAUCGUCCCUUCAUCAACAAUGCUUUACCAUCUGCACUGAAGGACACAUUUCUGUGAAUGGAGUUUGCGGUGGGUUUUAG